AUGAGAACUUCAUUUCUUCCAUGGCUGGUCAUACUCUGCAUUCUCUGCAAUUGGCCAACAUCCACGUACAGCCAAUGUUUAAGAGACCAGGAAACAUUAUUGUUGCAGCUGAAGACUGAGCUUUCUUCUUUUAUCGGAACAAAGAUGAUGAGUUGGACUCCAACCAAAGAUUGUUGCCGAUGGGAAGGUGUUGUUUGUGAUCGAGCUGGUCAUGUCAUAGUUCUUGAUCUAAGUAAUGAAAGGCUUACUGACGGAUUCAACGAGUUUAGUAGCCUGUUCGAUCUCAAUUUCUUGCAAAGCUUAAAUUUAGCUUACAACUUCUUUAGCUAUUUGGCUAUUCCAUCUAGGAUUGGUGAUCUAACCACUCUGGAAUAUCUAAAUCUGUCAUCUUCCGGGUUCGCUGGUCAAAUUCCAAUCGAAUUAUCGCGAUUGACAAGGUUGGUUGUUCUCGAUCUUUCUUCCCAUUACAUAUUCGAACAAGUACCCUCAUUAAAUCUGGAUGAUCCCAAUUUGAUGAUGCUCGUUAGGAAUCUGACUGCUCUUACAAAACUCAAUCUUGAUGGUGUGAAUAUCUCAGCCACAGGAAAUGAGUGGGGGCAGGCCAUUUCCUCCUCGUUGCCUAAUCUGGAAGUAUUAAGCAUGCCCAAUUGUUACCUCUCCGGACCGAUUGAUCCUUCUCUAAUGAAUCUAAAGUUCCUAUCCAUUAUCAGGCUGGAUCAGAAUAACCUGUCAUCUCCUGUUCCAGAUUUCUUUGCAAAUUUCAGGAAUUUAAGGGUUCUGCGUCUAAGUUCUUGUAACUUGAAUGGGAUAUUUCCAGAACAGAUUCUUAACAUUCCAACUCUACAAAUUCUGGACUUAUCGAUCAACGAAAAGCUUCAUGGGUCAUUACCUACAACUAUUGGAUCUCUGAAUUCUCUCUAUGUUCUCAACUUAUCUCAUAACACCCUGACUGGUCCGAUACCAUCAUCAAUAGGAAAUUUGACACAGCUUCGUUCACUUGAUCUAUCAUACAACAAACUCAAUGGGAAUGUACCAUUACAGCUUGUGAAUCUUACUCAGCUUUCAUUCCUAAACCUGUCAUACAACAAACUUACAGGAAUGAUCCCUUGGGGAAGACAAUUCGCAACAUUCACAGAAACUUCCUUCUUGGGAAACCCACAAUUAUGUGGACCUGUCCUUAAUAGAAGCUGUUAUACUCCAUCACCGAUUUCCCCUAUCACUCUAGAACUAUGCAUAAGUAUGAUAGUGGGUUUUUUUGUGGGCUUGAGUGCAUUUGUUUGGCCCCUCUUAUAUAGUAAAAGUUGGAACAAGACAUACUACAGCUAUGUUGAUAAAAUAGUUUUGAGGAUUCUUCAUUGGGGAGGCAGAUGA